GGAAGCCAUCAGCUGUGCAUCAUGCACACUAAAAUGACAGAAUAGCUUCUGCUUGUGGAUUAUUUUCAAAAUGAUUUCUUAUUUAUAUUGUGCUUUGUCAAAAAUGUUAUCUUAUCACCAGAAAUGUUGAUACAUGAACAGGCAUCGAAAUUCACAGUUUCCAGAGACAGAAGAUAAAAAUUCAAUCUGCUGAGAACUGUGGUUAGCGAUGCAAUGUUGAAAACAUUCAGUUUACCAAGUGUCAACCUGAUCAGUGGAUUAAAUGAUUUAGUUUAAAGAUAUAAUCGUUAUUUUGAAUAACAUUACCAUGACUACAAAGGAUUUAUACUCUCAGGGAGCGAGGGUAUGGAUUCCUCACCAAGAAUUGGUGUGGGAAGGCGCAGAGGUUUUAGAGAAUUACCAGGCUAAGGAACUGCAAAUUAAAACAGAAGAUGGACAGGUGAGGAAAUUAACUAUAACAAAAGAUGAAGAUCUACCACCCCUUCGAAAUCCAGAUAUCCUUAUUGGAGAAAAUGAUCUCACUUCACUGUCCUAUCUCCAUGAGCCUGCUGUCCUAUAUAAUUUAAAUGUUAGAUUCUGCCGACAACAAGCUAUAUAUACAUACUGUGGUAUUGUUCUUGUUGCCAUCAAUCCUUAUGCUGAUAUGCCAAUCUAUGACAUGGAUACCAUUUGGGCAUACAGGGGGCAAAACAUGGGAGAUCUCGAUCCCCAUAUUUUUGCAAUAGCUGAGGAGGCAUUCAAAAAGAUGGAAAGGGAGCAACAAGAUCAAAGUAUUAUAGUUUCUGGAGAGUCAGGAGCAGGCAAAACUGUAUCAGCCAAAUAUGCCAUGAGGUACUUUGCUACAGUGGGUGGAUCCGCUACUGAAACACAUGUAGAAAAGAGAGUACUGGCUUCCAGUCCUAUUAUGGAGGCCAUAGGAAAUGCUAAAACUACUAGGAAUGAUAACAGCUCGAGGUUUGGAAAGUUCAUAGAGCUUCAAUUUAGUAAAAGCUACAAUAUAAUUGGAGCUAGUAUGAGAACCUAUCUUUUGGAGAAAUCUCGCGUGGUUUUCCAGGCUCCAGAGGAAAGAAAUUAUCAUGUAUUCUAUCAGAUUUGUGCAGUAAGGGAGCAGUUUCCUGAUUUAAAACUGAAUGAGGCACCUUCCUAUGUUUAUCUUAGUGAGGAGUCAACGAUACCUGGAGUUGAUGAUAAGCAAUGUUUCAAUGAAACUUAUAAUGCUCUGAAAACUCUAGGCUUCAGCGAGAGAGAUAUAAAUGAUAUGCUGAAGAUUCUAGCAGCAAUUUUACAUUUGGGUAAUAUCAAAAUUGAACAAGGAAGUGAAUCAAAAUCAAGUGACAGUGAAUCAAGCUUUAUUAGGGAAAACAAUACAAAUCUCAAUAUUCUUGCGGAAUUACUGCAGUUGGAUGUGAAAGAACUUAGAAAUUGGCUUUGUCAUAGGAGAAUCGUCAGUAUGAGAGAAAUGUUUGAUAAACCAAUGAAUGUUAAUGAGUCGACUGGCGCUAGAGAUGCACUGGCAAAGUAUAUAUAUGCAGAAUUAUUUUCCUGGAUUGUCGGUGUCAUUAAUAAGUCAUUAGAAAUGGCCACUGAAAACAGACAUAAGUUCAUUGGAGUCCUUGACAUUUACGGAUUUGAAACGUUUGAAACCAACAGCUUUGAACAGUUUUGUAUAAAUUAUGCCAAUGAGAAACUACAACAGCAGUUUAAUCAGCAUGUUUUUAAAUUGGAACAAGAAGAAUACCUUAAAGAAAAAAUUGAAUGGAAAUUCAUUGACUUCUACGAUAACCAGCCGUGCAUUGAUCUUAUUGAGUCAAAGCUUGGUAUACUGGAUCUUUUGGAUGAGGAAUGCCGGAUGCCAAAAGGGUCCGAUUCAUCAUGGGCUGAAAAACUGUACUCAAAAUGUACAAAAUGGGACCAUUUUGCCAAACCUCGUUUUGGUACGAAUUCUUUUGUGAUCAAACAUUUUGCUGAUAGGGUCGAAUAUGAAGUCAAUGGAUUCCUUGAGAAAAAUCGAGAUACUGUGAUAGAAGAACAGGUUGCUGUUAUUCGAAAUGGAAACAACAGACUAGUUCAAAAACUGUUCCGUGAUCCCGACUCUGAGAAAAAGCUGGCUGUUCCGAAGAGCAACACCAACCCAAAAAGAAAUCAACUAGAGCACCAAACAUCACUCAAGUCUGCUACUCUUGGAUCAUCAACGAAGAAUAAAAAAACAGUGGGCUCACAAUUCAGAGAUUCACUGAAUGCAUUAAUGUCAACCUUGAAUGCAACUACUCCUCACUAUAUACGGUGCAUUAAACCGAAUGAUUCGAAGCAUGCUUUCGAGUACAACGCGCCACGAACAGUUCAGCAGUUGCGCGCCUGUGGUGUGCUAGAGACAAUACGUAUUAGCGCAGCUGGUUUCCCAUCAAGAUGGCUCUACAUAGAUUUCUUCAAUCGCUACAGAGUUCUUUGUCGAUCAAAAGAUAUUGAUAGAGAUGACUUGAAAAGCACGUGUGAAAGAAUUUUGCGUGGUGUGAUGCAGGACAAUGACAAGUACAAAUACGGAGAGACAAAAAUAUUUUUCCGAGCUGGACAAGUGGCUUAUUUGGAGAGACUAAGAGCAGAACGACUCAAGAAUUGCUGUUUACUCAUCCAGAAAUCAGUGCGCAUGUUCUUGCAUCGUCGUCGAUUCCUCAAAGUUGUCAAAGCUACAAGAUGCAUCCAAAAAUUCACCAGGGGAAUGAUAGCUCGCAGAAAAGUAAACAAUAUCAGGCGAAAUGCCGCCGCUGUGGUGAUUCAAAAGUACGUACGUUGCUGGUUGAAGAGAGAGGUUUACUUGAAAUUGAAAUACAUCACCCUGCGAAUCCAGACUAGAGCAAGAGGUUAUUUGGCCAGACGUCGCUACAUGGAGAUGAGAUAUAAUCACGCGGCUAUAAUAAUUGGAAAAGUGGUUAGAGGAUGGCUGGCCAGAAGAAGAUAUCAAAAAGACAGACGCCGUGUCAUUGUAUGCCAGAAUUCCAUUAGGCGGUUCCUGGCUCGUAAAGCUCUCAAGAAACUGAAGAUGGAAGCUCGCUCCGUGGAACAUGUUAAAAAACUCAACAAAGGUCUUGAAAACAAGAUCAUAUCGCUACAACAAAGGAUUGAGGAAUUGCUGAAAGACAAUGCAUCACUAAAGCACUCGGCAGUCGAACUGGUUGAGGUUCGUGCGAAACUGGACCAUCUCCGUGGAGUUGAAAGCGAGAUGAAGAAAGUCACUGCCGCAUUGGAGGAUAAACAAAGAAAACUGGAAGAGAUUGUUGAAGAAUUGCAGAAUGAAAGAUCUGAAAAAAUGGACCUGGUAUCCGAAAAAGAUCAGAUGUAUUCCGACUAUGAAAAUAUGAAAAACACGUGGAACAAGGAGAAGUGUUCAAUGAAUGAGAAAAUUAUUGAAUUGAGUAAUACAAUUGAGGUCAAUCAGAAACAUGCUGAAGAGAUGCUAGAGUCGAAGUUGGAGAAAGAGCGGUUCGUUUUGAUACGUGAGCAGGAUCAAGAGCGCAUCGCUUACCAGAAAUUACUGGCCGAAAAAAAUCAGUUCGAAGCCCGCUGUGAGGCCCUUGAGCGAGAAAUUUCUAAACGUCCCGGCAGAAGUUUUGCUUCUGUGCAUAAUCGAUGUCCAUCAGAUGCCAGCACCAUUUCAGUUAUGGAAGAAAGCAUGAUCAGUACGGCUGAUGUUCAAGAGGAGGAUUAUGGCUACGGAUCUGUAAAAUCACCAAGCCAUCAUAGCUCAAAAAUGGGUGAUGACGGUGGAGCAGCCUCUGACUGGAGUGAGCAUACAACUCCUGAAUCCACCCUCGUACGAACAUCUAAAUCUGAAAAUAAGGCUGAAAAAGAACAGUUUUCCGAUGCAAUGCUCAUACUAAAGCUUCAAACAACAAUUAAAAGACUGGAAAACGAAAUCGAUAUGUUGCACAAACGUCUUGAAGCUGGUGAAGUCACUCCUGAUGAACGGAAAGCACAAGAUAAUAUAAAAUUGCAGGAGUUGGAAAUUUCCAACGCGAAACUGAAAACGGAUCUAAGCUCUAUUCGGAAGUUUAUUCUAACAAAUACUCCCGAAAAUAUUUUCGACAGAGCCGCUGCUGAUGAAUUAUUGCAACAAUUCGACGAUUUGCAAGGAGAACUAGAUCGUUCCAGGGAGGAAUGCAUUCAACUUAAAGGCAUGCUAACCAUGAGGAACCAGGGCGUUAAAAAUAUUGCGGCUUCGAACUAUGCUGACAACGAUGUUGAUAUGUCUCUUAUAAACGAAGAUGGUGAAAUUGUUCUCGCUUAUGAAGCUCAGAAGAAGAUUAUCAGACAAUUGGAAGACGAGUUACAAAUUUCGAAAAUGAAAAUCAAGGAGCUUAGUGAUGACAAUGACCGGCAACAGAAGCUUCUAUCGGCUAACCUAACCUCAAAGGGACCCCACAGUCACAACGACGUUUUCCUACGAGUGGAGCUCAAUAGGCUUACCAGUGAAAACCUAGACUUGCAUGAACAGAAAGAGAGGUUAUCUGAGGAGAAUCGCAGGUUGAGAAAAAUGUUGAAAGGUAGAGGAGUUUCCGAAAAUAUCAAUAAGAUGGAGACAGGCGUGAUAGGAGGAACCACAUCGAACGCAAACGAUCUCAACAGCAUAGUGCCUGUAGUUCGUAAAAUGGACUCAAAGAGAGAAUAUUUGGGCAUGUUUGAGUUCAAAAGAGGAGAUGAGCCUAUCAUCAUACGUCGGCUGGUCACUAAUUUGAAGCCAAAUGUUGCUCUCACACUUCUACCAGGAUUACCGGCGUACAUACUUUUCAUGUGCAUCAGGCAUACUGAUUUCAUCAAUGAUGACGAAGAGGUGAAAUCGUUACUGAGCUAUUUCAUAAAAGCUAUAAAAUCGGUUAUCAAAAAGCGGCAGAACGAUUUUGAAACGAUGGUUUUGUGGCUAUCAAAUUCUGUACGCCUUCUGCACGUUAUGAAGCAAUAUAGUGGUGACGCAGCGACCAGGGGAGAGAAUUCGCUCACCCAGAAUGAACAGUGCUUCAGAAACUUCGAUCUUUCUGAAUUCAGAAGAGUCAUUUUUGAAUUAGCUGUCUGGAUCUAUCAGGGAAUCAUAGUGCUAGUAGAAGAAAGGAUACAGCAGAAGGCAAUCACUGCAAUCCUGGAGCACGAAGCAAUAGCAGGGUACCCUCAUGAGAAGAAGGCCAGAGCACAGUCUGUGGGUGACGCAUCACAGAGGUCUAUGACGUCACUGGAUACGCUACUGCAAGAGCUGACCACGCUCCACAGAACACUUGUGUUCCACGAUGUUGAUGCCGACAUUAGAACUCAAGUCUUCAGACAAUUAUUCUACUUCAUAUGUGCAAGCUGUCUCAAUAACCUGCUGCUUCGGAAAGAUUUGUGUCAUUGGUCCAAAGGAAUGCAGAUAAGAUAUAACAUCUCUCACCUUGAGGAAUGGGCCAGAGAUCAAAAACUCCAGCAUUCGAGUUUACACGAGAUGCUCACCCCCUUAAUUGAAGCAUCUCAACUUCUGCAAGCUCGUAAAACUGAUGAUGAUGUAAAAAGCGUCUGUGAUAUGUGCACCAAAAUGUCGGCCAAUCAGAUCAUAAAGUUGCUGAAUCUUUAUACACCUGCUGAUGAAUAUGAAGAGAGAGUGCCACAAACGUUUAUCCGUAAAGUUCAACAAUGUCUGAAAGAACGAGGUGAACCACAUGACGGGACUCUUCUAAUGAAUACAAAAGAAACUCAUCCAGUCAAAUUUCCAUUCAACCCAUCAAAUAUCCGCCUUGAAGAAAUCGAAAUACCUGAAGUGUUGAAUCUCCCAAUGCUGAAGAAAGUUUAAAUGUAAGAUCGUCGAGGAAAUUUAAAUGUACGUUUAUUUCAAUGUAUAAUUAGUUGAUGCUUAUGGCGCUCUCAUGAAAGUAAAGCUUAGAUGAAAUGGUAAAAUUCUAGUUUAUUAUAAGAAAACCAUCUAUGAAUGUAUAACAAGAACUCAUGUGGACUAGAAACCUGUCACAUGUAAGAUAGGACACACUCGUUCUUGAAAAUAAUUCUAGGUAGCCACACUCUAAACUAUAUGAGUUUUCAAUAGAACAACAGCAAAAUAGAAAGUUAAAAAUACAUAAAAUUCACAUUAUAAACAGAGAUAUUGUGGAAUUUCUCCAUAUCAAGGGGAAAUAAAAUAGAUGUUGUCAGCUCCAAUCAUGUAUAAUUGGAAUCAUGUAGAACUGAUAACAUCUGUUUUAUUUUACAUUAAAUAGAAAUAAUUCGAAUCACUAGCAUUGAUUAGUGAAUCAUUGUUGCCUUUAUUCUUAAAGCACUGCAUGACUUUCUCAAAAAAAUGUUAAAAAGGCUUUCUUCAUCUUUGUAAUAAGAUUAGCAUUUAUGCUCUGUUAGAAAAUUUGAUGCUGAAAAUGGUAAUGGAAUACCAUAAUACACAUAAUAUUCUCAAUAUUUUUUAUAGUUUUUCAGUUGUGGUAUUCAUUUUUAUUUUUAUUUAAUCGUUCCAAAUUCUAAAUUUCAAGUUUAAAUAUUUUUGGACAGAAAAUUGUGAUGUGGAGUGAAAAGUGAAAAGUUACUUAACCUUAGUUCGAACUCAUAAUCUUCUAUUCUUGCAAAAUUCGCCUAUUUUUGCUCUUUCAAUAUCAUUUUAAUGAUUAAUAAAUUUGUACUAAUGAAUGAAUAAAUAAAUAGCUCUCAGAUAUCAGAGAUAGAUUUACAAUGAGCUGGAUUUCAGAAAAUUAUAUUUUGUAUAAUAUAUUUCACUGUGAAAGAAUAAUGUAAUACUCAUACAUCAUCAUUACUAAUAAUCGAAAUGCCUUAUAUUAUCCAAAUGUUAUUUUUGUAAUUUAGUGUCCCACCAGUCAGAAUUAUAUCUAUUGGUACAGAUUAGAUAAUCACUGUACUUUAGUUUCUUCUAUUGGAAUCGUGUUUGUGGAAGAUCAGCUCUUAGAAAUAUGGUCAAAAUUAAUCUCUUUUAAAUGUUUUCAAAAUCACUUUUCGGUGAUUCAAAAGUAAUUAAUUUAAAUACUAUGAAAGUAGUAAAAUAAUGAAAAUUAUAAAAAUUAUGUUUUUGGACUCAGGGGACCUUGAAACGUAUAGAAAACUUGAAAUUAGGGUACCUUAAUUUUUUUUGGAAAGCAAUACUUUCCUUACCUAUGGUGAUCAACUAUCAGGGUUCUGUUGCAUGAUACAAUUUCAAUUCAAGUCAUUCAGAUUACACAAAAAGCACAAUAAAACAAUUUCAUAACGGUUACAAUAAAUAUAAUGUACUAAUUUAUAUAAAAUACAAGCUAAUAGAUGGAAGAUUUUAUUAGAAAUUGCAGCUUGACCUACUCCUGGAACAUUCAUUGGUUAUUUUAAAUAAUUAUUACACAGUUAUUAUACAAGCUAAUAGUUUUAUACUUUCCAAUUUUAAUAACCAGCUGGCUACUGGUAUUAUUUGUUUAUAUUUUAACAUGCUAAAUAUAGGUCCUGGGGUAUAGUCUGGUGUGAAAACACAAGUCACUUUUGUGAUGAGCAAACAUAAGGUUGUACUCCUUCUCUAAAUAAAUUUGUAUUAAAACAAAUUUGGUUGGAAUUUUAAAAUAUCAGAUGAAGGAUGAACGUGAAAUUUCCGCGCAAUAGAGUAUAAACAACUCUAUAGAAAUAUUAUCAACUGAUAAAUGUAGAAUGUCAUAAAAUAAAUUCAGUGAUGUUUUAUUCUUUAGUAUUUUAGUCAAGCUAAACUAAAAUUAAAGUAAACAAAUUCAUAUAGUUCAUCUAAAACUUUUACUUUCUAUUUUGCUGUUGACUCUCCUGCUAGAGUGAUCUUUAAAUUCCACUUACUCAUUUUGUUUGUAAGUAAAGUUCUUGAUUUACUUCAUAGAGUUGAACAACGUGCAGUAUAUUAUGAAGCUUUAUAAAAUAAGCUGAAAUCAAAAAUACAAAUUAAAUGUAAUGUUUAUUGAUGUCACUAUUACUAUAACCAUUGGAGAAACAUUUAUUUUGGCACAGACACUUGCCAGAUCUAAUAUAUUGAAUAAGAUAUACGCAUAGAUCCUGGAUCUACAUGCUUGUAUCUCUGCCUUCAACUUGAUAGAUUUAUAGCUUUCCGUAUGCGAAAGCAGGUGAUUUGUCAAGUAAAGAAUGAAAAGUACAAUAGCUGAAGCAAUAAAGCAUAUUAUAUUUGAAGAUAAACUUAGUAACGUAUAUAUAUUUUACUAGCCCAGCUAAUCGUUUCAUAUAUUUUCUUACUGUAACACUGUUAGGCUAUUGGAAAAAUUAAGUUAUCAUUCCUAUCUUAUUCCAUUGUGCAGUUCCAAUUUUGGACUUAACGUUAUUAUAUUAUAAGCUCCUUUCCCAUUCUAAUCAUUCCUUCUCUAAUUCUUUAUUCUCUGCACAUUUAUUUGUAUAAUUACUAUAAUAUAAAUGUAGAUAAACUGUAAAUAUACAUAUUAUACUAAGCUGGAAGAUAAAACUAUCAGUUUCUAUUGAUCUGAAGAGCCGUUUGAAAUAGGAAUUCUUUCACGCUUCUAACUAUAAACAAUAUUUGAGUAGCGAUAACGUGAAAUAAUAUUGAGUUUUGAGGAAUUUAUUACCGUA